AUGGCAAAAUGCCAAGAUGAAGCUUUUCUGGAGCGAACUCGCAACAUUGGCAUUAUUGCCCAUAUUGACGCGGGAAAGACCACAACCACCGAGCGCAUGCUGUUUUACAGCGGCUUUACUCGGCGCAUUGGUGAUGUGGAUGAGGGUUCGACUGUAACAGAUUUCUUACCCGCGGAGCGCGCUCGUGGAAUCACGAUUCAGUCCGCUGCUAUCACCUUUCAUUGGCCUCCUGGAGAUGGUGCUGAAGGUCGAGCUGUGACUCAAGACCCAUCUGUGCCUCGCUCAGUAAAUUCGCAUACCAUCAACCUUAUCGAUACCCCAGGACAUGCGGAUUUCACUUUCGAGGUCAUGCGGUCUUUGCGCAUCCUAGAUGGUGCUGUCUGUAUCUUGGAUGGAGUUGCCGGUGUUGAGGCACAGACAGAGCAAGUCUGGAAUCAGGCCAGUACCUAUAAGAUCCCCAGAGUGCUCUAUGUGAACAAGCUGGAUCGUGAUGGUGCUGCCUUUGGCAGAACAGUACGGGAAGUAAGCUCUCGCUUAUCUGUAUAUCCCGCAGUAUGCCACAUUCCUUGGUUUCAAGGAGGAAACGGGCCUUUUAUUGGCAUUGCAGAUGCCAUCAACCUUCAGGGACUCAAGUGGAAAGAAGGAGAAGACGGCCGUUCUGUGAAAAUGAUGAACCUAGAACAAUUGGAUGCAGAAGAACCGGCUCUAGCAGAGGAACUCCGACGAGCUCGCAUUGCUCUAGUUGAACUUCUGAGUGAGAAGGAUGAAAUCAUGGUGGAGAAGUUUUUCGAGUACGAAGAUCAUUUGGCAGUGCCCUCAAUAGACAUUAUCGACAGUCUCCGGCGCUGCGUACUUGACCCCACAAGUCGAAUCGUUCCUCUAUUUGCCGGUGCCAGCUUCAGGAAUAUGGGUGUGCAGCCCUUGCUUGAUGCUGUGGUCAAUCUUCUUCCCAGCCCACCAGAGGCACCGGAUCCCGAAGUGAGUAUUGGAGGUGUCAAGGGAGGCUUGCGACGACUGCUUUCAGGCGAUCUUAUCGUGGAGCAGAGCGAACAAUCCAGCACCUCCGGUAAGGGCAAGAAAAAGAAGAAGAAUCUUCAGAUGAAUGCCAAAGAUGCCAUCGCCAAACUUAACAGCUGUGCACUGGCAUUCAAAGUGGUCAAUGACCCGAAGCGGGGCGUCUUGGUCUACGUCCGAGUGUAUUCGGGAUCUCUUGACCGCAAUAGCUUGCUAUUCAACACAAACCUGCACCUCUCUGAACGUGCUCCUCGCUUACUGAAGAUGUACGCCAAUGAUGCAGUGGAAGUGGAUUCCAUUCCUGCAGGCCACAUUGGUGUCGUGGUCGGUCUGAAGCACGCUCGAACGGGCGACACCCUGCUUUCAUACGCAGGUAACAAACCCACGCCUCCUGAGCCACUGACCACACUUCAAUUACGCCCAAUCGAUGUACCACCGCCCGUUUUCUUCACCAGCGUGGAACCUCAUAGCCUAAGUGAAGAAAAGCGAGUGCAAGAAUCACUUUCACUGCUCUUGCGAGAAGAUCCCAGCUUGCAUGUCAGUGUAGACGAAGAGUCUGGUCAAACUCUGCUAAGUGGAAUGGGAGAAUUGCACCUCGAAAUUGCCCGUGACCGUCUGAUCGGUGACCUUAAGGCCAAGGCAUCGAUGGGUCGCAUUGAAAUCGGUUACCGGGAAUCUACCCUCGGCGCCUCAAACACCGUCACUAAGAUAUUCGAGAAAGAGAUCGCAGGUCGCCAAGGCAAAGCAGGCUGCUCGGCGAUGGUGGAACCUUGUAAUGAAGAAAGUGUCUCCGAAGCCGCAGAUGAAGAGACAAUUCUCGCAGAAACCAUCGAAGGAAACCAAAUUAUCAUCCGCGCCCCAGGUUUGCAGGUGGAGAUGGGUAGGAACGAGGAAGAAACCAGUCCCUUUCUUCCACCCGGCAUGGAUUUGAACACCCUCCGCACAUCACUGCAAAACGGCGCUCUGGCAGCGCUCGCACGUGGACCCCAAUUUACUUUCCCAAUGCACAACACCCGAGUGACACUCACAAUCGACCCAGUUCAGCAUCUUUUCGGGGGCGACUCGACUACAUCGGCACUUUCAGCCGCAUCGCGUCAGGCCACUUCCGCCGCGCUUCGAGAUCUCCUUACUGGCGCGGGAACAGUCAUGAUGGAACCAGUCAUGAACGUCAUUAUCAGUGUUGACGAGGCUAGUCUAGGCUCCGUUGUUCAUGAUAUCUCCUCUUCACGGGGUGGACACAUCCUUUCGCUGGACGAUGAUGUAUCAGCUCCUACGGACUCUUCCGAUUCUCUUCCUCCCAUUGACCUGAAACGUGUGUAUGCACCCGCUGAUCCAUUUGAGGCGCCUUCGGUCGGUAUUGAAAUGCCUGUGUCUGCUUCGAGACAGCGCAACAUCACCGCCAAGGUGCCGCUUAAGGAGAUGGUUGGGUAUCUGAAGCACCUCCGCAGUCUGACUGCUGGUCGUGGUACAUUCGUGAUGAGUGUUGAUCGGUUUGAAAACAUGUCUGCUCAGAGACAAAAGGCCGUUUUGGCUGAGCUUAGGGGUGGCUUCUAA